UCGUUCGGACAAUUUAAGUUCUCUUCUGUCGGGAUGGCAGGGGGACGCAGAGGACUUGUGGCCCCCCAGAACACUUUUCUUGAGAACGUUGUCCGGAGGUCCAACGACACAAAUUUUGUUUUGGGAAAUGCUCAGAUUGUGGACUGGCCCAUUGUUUACAGUAACGAUGGCUUCUGUAAGCUGUCUGGGUACCAUCGCGCCGAAGUCAUGCAGAAGAGCAGCACCUGCAGCUUCAUGUAUGGUGAGCUCACAGACUACGAGACUCGUGAGAGAGUGCGCCAGACCUUUGAGAACUAUGAAACAAGUUCCUUUGAAAUUCUCAUGUACAAGAAGAAUCGAAUGCCGGUGUGGUUUUUCAUUAAGAUCGCCCCGAUCCGCAACGAGCAGGACAAAGUCGUGCUCUUCCUGUGCACGUUCAACGACAUCACUGUGUUUAAACAGCCCAUCGAGGAUGAUUUGGUUAAAGGAUGGGGCAAGUUUGCUCGUCUGACGCGAGCUUUGACCAGCAGCCGUGGGGUCCUACAGCAGCUGCCUCCCUCUGUUCACAAGGGCGAGAAUGUUCACAAGCACUCUCGUUUGGCUGAGGUACUGCAGCUGGGUUCAGACAUCCUCCCCCAGUACAUACAAGAGACCCCCAAAACACCACCCCACAUCAUCCUACACUACUGCACCUUCAAGACCACGUGGGACUGGGUCAUCCUCAUCCUCACCUUCUACACGGCCAUCAUGGUGCCCUACAAUGUCUCCUUCAAGACCAAGCAGAACAACGUUGCCUGGCUGGUGGUGGACAGCAUCGUGGAUGUGAUUUUCCUAGUGGACAUAGUGUUGAAUUUCCACACAACGUUCGUUGGGCCGGCUGGGGAGGUGAUCUCAGACCCCAAACUAAUCCGCAUGAAUUAUGUAAAGACCUGGUUCAUCAUUGACCUCUUGUCCUGUCUACCCUAUGAUGUCAUCAAUGCUUUUGAGAAUGUGGAUGAGGGCAUCAGCAGUCUCUUCAGCUCCCUGAAGGUGGUGCGUCUGCUGCGUUUGGGCCGCGUGGCCCGGAAGAUGGACCACUACAUUGAGUACAGCGCCGCCGUCCUGGUGCUACUGGUGUGCGUGUUCGGCCUGGCCGCCCACUGGCUGGCCUGCAUCUGGUACAGCAUCGGCGACUACGAGGUCACCGACGAGGACCACAGGACCGUGCGGAAGGACAGCUGGCUGUACCUGCUGGGCGAGGCGGCGGGGACGCCGUACCGCUUCAACGCCAGCGGCAUGGGGCGCUGGGAGGGCGGGCCCAGUAAGGACUCUGUCUACAUCACCUCCCUCUACUUCACUAUGACCAGUCUGACCAGUAUCGGCUUCGGGAAUAUCGCUCCCACCACGGACGGAGAGAAGAUCUUUGCCGUCGCCAUGAUGAUGAUCGGAUCUCUUCUGUACGCCACCAUCUUCGGUAACGUGACCACCAUCUUUCAGCAGAUGUACGCUAAUACUAACCGCUACCACGAGAUGCUGAACAGCGUUCGAGACUUCCUGAAGCUCUACCAAGUCCCUAAGGGCCUGAGCGAGAGAGUCAUGGACUACAUCGCAUCCACGUGGUCCAUGUCCAGGGGAAUCGACACUGACAAGGUGUUGCACAUCUGCCCAAAGGACAUGCGUGCGGAUAUUUGUGUCCACCUCAACAGGAAGGUGUUCAAAGAGCAUCCUGCCUUCCGCCUGGCCAGUGAUGGCUGUUUGAGAGCCUUAGCCAUGGAGUUCCAGACCAUCCACAGCGCUCCAGGGGACCUCAUCUACCAUGCCGGUGAAAGCGUGGACAGCCUCUGCUUCGUGGUGUCUGGAUCCCUGGAAGUCAUUCAGGACGAUGAGGUGGUGGCCAUUUUGGGAAAAGGUGAUGUAUUUGGAGAUGUAUUCUGGAAGGAACUGAAUUUAGCACAGUCCUGUGCUAAUGUUCGGGCACUAACCUACUGUGAUCUUCACAUCAUCAAGCGCGAUGCUUUACAGAAAGUUCUGGAAUUCUACAUCGCCUUCUCGAACCACUUCUCACGGAACCUGGUGCUCACCUACAACCUGAGGAAGAGGAUCAUCUUCCGCAAGAUCAGUGACGUGAAGCGUGAGGAAGAGGAAAUGCUGAAGAGGAAGGACGAAGCCCCUCUCAACCUUCCUCCAGACCAUCCUGUUCGCCGCCUCUUCCAGCGCUUCCGACAGCAGAAGGAGGCGAGGCUGGCUUUGGAGCGAGCCAAUCAGGGAGAAGUAGAUGUGGAAAGAGGCUCUAGCCGCAUGGAGAAGACUGUGGCCCCUGAGGUCAACCCGACCUCCAGCCUGCUCACAGUCACCGAGGGCCCCACCACAGCCAUUGCUUCUUCUUCAUCUGCCAUCACUAAUUCAAGGAAUUCAAAUCGAGUUAAACUUAUGCCCCCUGAUGGCUCCAGCACAAAGGAAGGAAGUAAAUCUGCUGAACCGCCCAAGUCCAAACCCUGGGGUCGGUUUAAGGAGUCCACAGGUAAGUCAGAUCUUUCCUGGAGCUCUGAAUCCAUGGAGACCCUCCCAGACAGGACUAAGUCACAAGAUGAGCUUUCGUUGAAGAAGACAGACUCGUUUGACAGCGGCAUCAUUAAGAGUGACCUACGGUUGGAUAUUGUGGAGGAGGGCUCAGGACAGACCCCUCUGGACCGGAGCCCAGUGCAGGCCGAGGGCAGGCGAGCAUUCAACCCCACUUCAGAACAUAGUCUCCAGAUGUCUGUCCUGGAACUGAAGCAGGAGCUGAGAGGAGACAUACGCUCACUCCACAGACGCAUGGCAGUGCUCGAGGGGCAGCUAGCCGAGAUGCUAGCAGUGCUCAAAGCAAGAACGGCAUCGGCAUCGACACACCUGUUCGAGUUAUCGCAACCUGAGUCGCCAGACUCAGACAAAGAUACUGACAUGUGCUAAGUGGUUGAAUGGGGCAUGACUUUAGUAGUAGGUCUCUAAGGGGACUGGGUCCAAGGACAUAUCAUAUGCUGAUAAAUCUCUGGGUGAGUCUUAAAUGAGAUAACUCACACUUACAGGAGGGUUUUUUAGAGGCAGGUAUGAAAGUGAUUUGCAUAACUGACAGCCACACUGAGAAUUUGCUGAAUCUACGAUGUGCUCUCCUAAAACACAUCAAAUGUUGACUUCCAUUUUUUUAUUGUCUUUAUUUUUAUUGGAUUAAAUGACUGUGGAUAUCGGAUUGAAUGGACUCUGCAAAUGUACAACUGUUAGCGUCUGAUUCUUUGUUCAGUCUGAGACACAGUUCUUCAUUUAGUGUCUGAUUCUUUGUUCAGUCUGAGACAGUUCUUCAGUUAGUGUCUGAUUCUUUGUUCAGUCUGAGACACAUUUCUUCUUCAGGUAUAAGAGUUGUGAGGCCUGAUUUAUUGACUAAAUCUGAUUUAUUGUAUGGAUCAUAGUUAAGAAAAUAUCAGCCUGACAUUAUACAAUUCAGAGAUUAUAUCACAUUGAAUACAAUAAGCAUUUAAAUUGCUGAAACUGAACUGAACAGGAAGUGAAUUCAACUGCAAAAAAAUCCACCAAUUACAGGGCCAGAUUUAAAGUCAUGCAAAAACCAUAGAAUAAUAGCAUAGGUUGUAUAAUGGAAUAUAAACUAAUCUAAUCAAAUCUAUUUGUGAAUGCAUGUUAUUAAAACUAAUAUUCUGACACUUUAUGUCACAAACCCAAAUAUUUCCACCUGCAGCUCAGUGAUGUGGACCAUGUGGACACUAGUAUGUCUACCUGGUAACAGCAACACAUGUUCAACUUCACCUUGAACAUCCUUUCAUUUUCUGAAAUACAGAAUCAUAACUAGGUGAAUAUAUAGAUUUUUAUCAUUUUAAUAUCAAUACAUUUAUGACAUGCUAUUAAUUGAAAUGAAUAAAAAAUAAUAAGAUGUAUAAGUAAUACAUUAACUAUCAUGUUUUUGAAGUGCAUGUUCUUGUGGUAAGAACUGAAACUAUGCCUGGAUCAGGGUUAGCCUAGCCACGAUAAAUAAGCAUGUGAUUUGUAAUCAUGGAUCAGGGUUAGCCUAGCCACAGUGUGACUUGUAAUUAUGUUCUUAUUUCUCAAUAUUAACAUACUUAUUUUCCUAUUUUUUUUCCUAAAGUACAUUUUUAUCAUGGUUCUGUGUGCUUUCAUAACGUGUUCUAUUUUAUUUUUUAGUAUUAAGGUGUUAAAUGAAUUUGCCAUGUAUAAUAAUUACUAGCUAUAAAAAGAGUUCAUUUCUAAGGAAGAACAGCUAAUUUGCACUUAAACAUACGGUCAGUGUCUUUACUGGGUGGUGCCCGUCUACUGCACACCUUAAUGUCUUCUCUGUUAUGGUAUUACUUAUGAUUAAUUAUUUAUGAAUUAUGCUAAUUAUUAAGCUAAUUAUGAUAUGAUCAGCCAAACAAAGUGUGGUGGUAAAACCAUGAGUUUGAGCAGGACAGUGUCUCUACAGUUUUGAGUCGGAGAAAUUGUGAUUUAAACAAUAAUCUUUAAGAAGGUCACAUACAAUUAAGAAAAACUACAUUUCAGUUUUCAUCUGCAGUAAAUCUUUUUUUUAAAUUUCAAAUUUAAGCCAGACUGAAAUAUCCAGAGUGACCUACAUUUUUCAGCACAGAUAACACUCAACAUUUUGUAGUCACCGUAGAUUGUAUUUCAAUUUCCAAACAUUUCUUGUUAAACUCUGUACAUAUUUUGUAAAAAGCCCAAAACAGCCAAGUUGCACUUAUGUUUGUUCUUGAUAUUAAUUACAAAAAAUGUAUGGUAACUAUAAAUACAAGAUCUUAUACCUGAAAUAUUUAAUGUUCUACACUAUAUUGCCAAAAGUAUUCACUUACUCAUCUAAGUCAUUGA